AUGAUAAAUCUGGACUGGUUAGACAGCUAUAAAUUCGAAACUUUGACCAAAAGAAUAAUUCUUUCUGUCACUCGUAAGGUGUUCGAUCCAGUUGAUUUAUUAUGUCUUGUUUUGCUGAUACCCAAAUUGUUAUUGCAAUGGAUGUGGAAAGAAAACAUACCUUGGGACUCUGAAGUCAACGCUAAUAUAAAAGAAGAAUUUACGAGCUGGUUUUCAGAACUUCAUUUGCUGAAGGAAGUGACCAUAUCACGGUGUUUUUCAAUUGAUCCAAGUAGACAAAACAUUUCUCUGCAUACGCUUUGUGAUGCUAGUCAUUCGGCCUUCGCAGCAGCUGUUUACAUUCGUGUGGAGACAUCGGAGAAUGUCCAAGUUCAUCUCUUAGCAGCCAAAGCUAGAGUGGCUUCUGUAAAACCCAUGACUAUCUCUCGAUUGGAGCUGAUGGCUGCUAUGGUGGGAGCUCGUUUGUGUGCAUCUGUUGUGGAAGGGCUUCAAUGGAAACAUGCGAACAGCAUUAUUGGACUGACUCAACGGUUGUUUUAG